CGGGGUGACACUGAUAUGUCAUAUCUGGAUGAGCGGAUCUUAACCACCCCAAAUUUAAGGAUAUUCAGUUUCUCAGAAUUGAGGAAAGCUACCAAAAACUUCAGAGUUGAUGUGGGAGAAGGACGUUUCGGGGCAGUUUACAGGGGAAUGCUUCAUAAGAAUGUGGCAUUAAACAACGGUAGUGGAUUAAAUAUUGUGGUCAAGAAGUUGGACAAUGAGAGGAUUCACAUAUUUGAGGAUUGGCAGUCUGAGGUUAGAUUCUUAGGAAGGCUUUCUCAUUCUAACCUUGUCAAGGUAUUGGGAUACUGUUGGGAAGAUGACGAGCUACUCGUCGUCUAUGAAUUCAUGCCAAGAGGAAGCUUGGAGACCCACCUUUUUGGAUGCGGCUCUGCUGUUGAGCCAUUGCCAUGGGACAUUCGGCUUAAGAUACUAAUAGGAGCAGCUCGAGGCCUGGCAUUUUUGCAAACAUUAAAAAGACUAGAUAUUUGCAGAGGAUUCAUGGCAUCAAAUAUAUUGCUUGAUGGGUUGUUCAAUUCCAAGAUCUCGGAUUUCUCUUAUGCGGAGUUGGAUUCCCAAAAAUGUUCUGUCCUUGAUGAGUAUAACUAUGAACGCUAUUUGGCCUCAGAUGAUCAGUUGCGUGUGAAGAACGACGAUGUGUAUUGUUUUGGCGUUGUAUUGGUUGAGAUGCUUACCGGGUCUCGUGCAUCGAGGCGUAUUUGGACAAGUGGUUCGGUAGGCUUGGUCGAGUCCUAUUUAGCUGAUAGAAGAAAGUUGACAAUCAUAAUGGACUCCAGGUUGAAAGGGAAAUAUCCUCCAGAAGCUGCACUAGGAAUAGCUCAUCUGGCUCUAAAUUGUCUCGGAGCGUAUUCCAAAACAAGGCCAUCGAUGAAAGAAGUUUUGAAGACACUGGAACGUAUCAAUGCAAGCAAUGAAAACCCUUGGGAGCCUCAAAUUAACUCUGCUGGCCAUACUACGUAGCGUCGUGGACAGCAGCCUUUGAUCUCCACUUCACCCUAGGCAAGGCAGAAUGUAUUGGUCUUAUCAACACCAGGUCUCCAAGUAACGAGCAUGGUAACUUCAUAUGCAACUUCCCACGGAGAGAGUUCGAACUCUUAUGCUGAUUGUUAAAUAUGUCAAACAGUUCCCAUUCCGUUCUGUCAUUAAAUCUCUUGAGAAAAUUGUCAUAAUGUUCUGUUCUACUUAAUGAGUUGUAUAUAAUAGAUGCAGCGCUACAGGCAUACGAAAAAGACUGUGUAAUGGUUACAUUUGUUGUUUUAGAAAUAUGAGGUAGUAUAGUUUGAGGUGACUGAUAAUCAUGUUCAGAUUGUCUAAGGGGAUUGUUCGGCUAAUC